UUACGUACUCUAAUGAUGGGAUGACUAUCCAUUUAAUAUUAACGCGUGUUUUUCAAUUUUUGUUUUCAUCAAGAAUUUUUCUAUUUAUUCUUUGCUGAAAUUGAAUAAAAUUAUUUUUAACAAAAAUGUCCGAUUCUUUUAUGCUGGGAAAUCUUAAUUUUGGCGAUUCUAAGUCUAAGAAUUCUGUUCCGCCAAAACCGCCUAAUAAACAAGCUAAUAAAUUUUCAGAUAAAUCAAAUUUUACUUCAUUUAAACAAUCUCAUACACAAGAUCAUACAAAAAAUCAACAAGCCAAAAAUACGUUUCCCACAUUCAAAAGUUCAAAAUUAUUCGAUGAUUCAACGAUGAACAUACCGGAAUUGUCCAUGAUUUCUAAAACAGCCAAACAUGAAGAAGUAUUUUCCGAUAAAAAUUUUGGUGAUUUCAAUAUCGACAAAAUGCUCAUUGCAUGUCUACAGCAAAGAUUCGAUCUAACCAGAGCGACAAAAGUUCAAUCAUUAUCAAUACCACCAUUGUUGAAUGGUGAUGAUGCACUUAUCAAAUCUGUUACAGGAUCUGGUAAGACGCUUGCAUAUGCAAUACCAUUAGUUCAUUCGUUACAAUUGAUUCAACCAAAAAUAACAAGAUCGGAUGGUCUUUUCGCCUUGAUCAUAUUACCUACAAGAGAAUUGGCCAUACAGACCUAUGACUGUAUAGAUCGUUUAUUGAAUCCAUUUAGGCGGAUGGUUGUUGGCAUUCUGAUUGGUGGCGAAAAAAAGAAAUCGGAAAAAGCACGAAUUCGUAAAGGUCUCAAUAUUCUAGUGACCACUCCUGGUCGCUUAUUAGAUCAUAUAAAUCGUACGAAAAAUUUGAAUAUUGAAAAAUUAAAAUGGCUCGUCAUUGAUGAAGCUGACCGACUUUAUGAACAAGGAUUUUCAGCCAUUAUCACACAAAUUAUUGAAUGUAUUCAUAGUUCUUGCAAAAAUAAAAUCCAAACCGUACUAUUAUCAGCAACAUUAUCUGAAGGAGUGAAAGAAUUGGCUGGUCUUAGUCUGAAAAAUUCACAACUAAUCGAUGUUGGUGAUGACGAGCAUCAUUUGAAAGAAAUAACCUUACCAAGUUCACUAACGAAUAGUUUUAUGGUCGUUCCAUCGAAAUUACGUUUAGUCACAUUAUCCUGUAUUAUAAUGGAUUUGUUAAGAAAAAACGGUGAAAAUUCUAAGAUAAUUAUCUUUACUUCAUGUCAAGAUGUUGUCGAUUUUUAUUCAACAUUAUUAACGGAAAUAUUCAAUCAAUAUUUGGAGUCAAAUGUUCGAAUAUUUAAACUUCAUGGUAAUAUGGAUCAGAAUAGUCGCACCGAAGUGUUCAAACAAUUUCAUUCGACAAUUGGUGGUAUAUUAUUCUGUACCGACGUUGCAUCCCGAGGGCUUGAUCUGCCAAAUGUUGAUCUAAUUAUUCAAAUGAGUUCGCCUGCAAUUGUUGAAGAUUUUGUUCAUCGAGUCGGCCGAACAGCUCGUUUAGGCAAGCCAGGACAAUCGAUUCUAAUAUUACUACCAAGCGAAAUAAAAUUCAUUGAAUAUCUUCGUGAACAACUUUCGAUCAAUUUUGAAUCACUAAAAAUGGAAACCUAUUUCACAUCAAUCAAUAGUCUAAAAAUACCGGACCCAGAAAAUUUUCAUACCGAACAAGAACGUUUAGCAAAUCUUCAGCAUUUAUUCGAAAAAUUGGUUUGGAAAGAAACCGAAAUAAAUCAAUUGGCAUGUAAAGCUUAUCUUUCGUUUAUACGUGCAUAUGCAUCUUAUCCACGACAACUAUCAUCAUACUUACCAUUUCGACAAAUACAUUUUGGCCAUUUAGCCAAAAGUUUUGCCCUUCUUGAACCACCCAAAGAAUUGGCAUCCAAAUUAAGAAUGAAUAGAAAAGUGAAAAAAACUGUCGAUAUUGGCGCAAUGAAACGAAAGUCUAUACCGAUGGAGGAAAGAGUAUCCGAAUUCAGUGGAUUCGGCACGGAAAUCAAAAAGAUUCGAAGGAAAAAAUCGAACGUAACUUGAGAUUUGUUUUUUUUUUCGUUUGUUUAAAAAUUUAUUUUAUUUAAAUUUUUUAUUUGUCAUUUUUUAUAAUAAUAAUAUAAUACUGAGCUAU